ACUAUUACCUGGAUGAAGAUCGGAAAUGGGCCCAUAACGUUACCCGGAUGCAAGAAACACUUGCUUCAUCGAGAAAGCACUGCACACCAAGACUCUUGCUGUUGGUAAACCCUUCGAACCCACCUGGUGCCGUCCUAUCUAAAAAGGAGCUCGAGGAGAUCAUCCAGUUUGUGUAUGAAAAUCAUCUUAUAAUACUCGCAGAUGAGAUAUUUGAACAUAAUGUCUACAACAACAAGCGCCCAUUCCACAGCGUGAGGAAAGUCCUGGAAGCCAUGGGUGCUCCUUACACGCGGAUUCCUGUGGUGACAUUUAGCUCUAUAUCAAAGGGCUUCGCUGCAGAGGGAGGCUUGCAAGCCGGCUACUUCGAGACCGUCAACCUCGACCAGGUUGACCAAGCAAACUUGGAGCACCUCAUGAAAGAAAUCUUACCAUCCAUGCUGUCACAGGUGGCGUUGGACUGCUUCGUGAAGCCACCAAGCUUAGGAGAACCAUCGUAUCAGGUAUUUGCUAAGGAGAAGGCCUUCAUCCUCAACUCCCUAGCCGAACGCGCCAGGCUGGCAGAAGAGAAGCUGAAUGCCGUCGAGGGUAUCCACUGCAGUCCCGUAGAGGCAUCCAUGGCUGCUUACGCACGCAUACAAAUCCCCGAAAAGGCUAUCGACGAAGCGCAGCGCCAAGGAAAGGAGCCGGACGUAUUCUAUGCGGAGGAGCUCCUUAAAAGCAAAGGAGUCAGCGUAGCCCCCGGGUCCGCUUUCGGAAGGCUGCCAGGGAGAUUCUACAUCAGAGUCACAAUACUACAGCCCAAGGAUAAGCUUCUGGAACUAUUUCAUCGUCUGAAAGCAUUUCAUGAACACUUCCUUGCCAAAUACGCCAGAACAGGUGUUGUUGCGCGCUAACCUUAAUGGCAUGAAAGUAAUAAGCAAUUGACGUGCAAAAUAAAUAAAAGCUCACUUUU